AUGGCCAACCUCUCCAACUCCGCCAUCAUCGUCAUCGUCAUCGUCUGCUGCCUGGCCGUCGUUUGUAUCGGUGCCGCGCUUUUCCGCCAGUACAGUCCCGCCGAACACGACACCCCGUCCGCCUACCAGCCCCAGCACGACCAGCAGCACUACAUGCGCAGUGUGCGGAUGCGCAAUUUCGGGUUUCUACAGGGUGAAUCGGUUCGUCCGAAGGAUGUCGAGUCGCAUUAUGCGCAUACCGAGUCAUCGGCGUACUGA